AUGACUAUUGCCUAUGUGUUGAUCGAUUUCGGUUUAUCCUGCCACUUUGAAAGAAAAGAAAACGGCUUGCUAAACAAACAAACAAAUUUAAUGAUUAAGGAAAACUUGGGUACAUCCAUAUUUAGAGCUCCAGAAGUUGCCAACCAAGAAAACUAUUCAGAAAAAGUGGAUAUCUUUAGCUUGGGAAUGACUGCAAUGUAUUUAUUUGAUUUUGAGAAAAUGGAAAGAGAAUUCAAGAAGAAUAGAAAAUGUAAUUGGUCUGAUCUUUUAGAUGAAUUAAUAUGGAAGAGUCCUUUAAUGAUAUUACAGGACAAAUGA